AUGUCAGGCGAUGUUUUACCAUAUUCAGAUCCUUUGUUGGAACUUUUGAAGGAUCCAUACCUCAAUAAGGAAAAAGAUAAAGCUCAAGUGCUUGUUAAAUAUAUAGAAAAAAUAAAGGACUCGACAUUAAAGGCAUGGUGUAUCGAGGCAUUUGAAAUUCUUCGUGAUUUGGAGAAGAUAGAAGUGAAAAUUAACAAUUGGGAGUUUCAGACUUUGGAUUUUAACAUUUCUGUAGAUUCAGUGAUGCUUAAUGAGCAGGACGUGAAAAGAAGAAAAUUUAACUUGCAGGUGGCGAAAAGAGUUGCCAGACACUGUUUAGACUUUCAUAAAAUUCUAGGUCGGCUUGGAGUGGAAAUAGAUGAACUCAGCUCUUUUUCAAAAAGACUAAGUCCGCUUCAAAAAAUCAGUGAUCCCGGAACGAUUCUCACGGAGCUAAAUUUAAGGGUUAUAAAGAUCCAAAGUGUGUUGGCAGAUCAGAUUUCAAUUCAUUAUUCCCGAGCUCGAUUGGUCAAUAUCGGAAUCAGUCUGGAGGAUCUUGUUCAUAGUAAUGAGGACGAUUCGGAAACUAAAGGUGGCAUCAACAAUGAUACUUUAAGAAAUUACAAGCAGUUUGUGAACAAUUUACUACAGCAAUUGAAUGCAACAGUCCGUUCUGGAGAUACUAUAGGAGCCAUGGAAUGUAUCUCUAUUGUUAACGACGUGGAGAAAAUGUUCAAUUCUAUGAAAGCACAGCGUGAACAGCAGAGGCAAAAGAAAAUUCUAGAUAGACAAGAGGAGGAGCGUAAAACACGGCAAACUGAAAGAGAUAGAGCACACCAAAUAAAGGAGGAUGAACUUAGAGAGGAUUUAAAGAGAGAACAACAGAAAAGAAAGUAUAACGUGGAAUCAGAGUUUAAGCAGGCUGCAAGGUCACAGGGCAUUCCGUCCCCACCUAAUUCAUCCAAUGUUGGAAAACAUGCAAGACACGUCUCCGGUUUUUCCAGUGGAAACGAAUCCAUCGAUUCGGAUGAAGAUAUUGACAUGAGCGAAGCCGACUCAACACUAUCAUCUUUCGAUGUCGAUGGAAGAAGAAAGAGACGGAUGAACAAUGAUAACAUUCCAGUGAACUUAGAAGAUACUAUACUUCAUAGAACGACACUCACAGAAAAACUCCCGGAUCUUCUGUCAGCAUUUGAUGAAGCGAAGGCUGCGGAAUCUGGAUUAAAAAAGGUGGUUUCCAAAGCUGCGUCUGGUAAUAAGAGCAUGCAAACGCAAACGGUAUCCAUGAAAUCUGAAGAAAAGGAUAACAGUGAAUCGAACAAUACAUCGGGAGAAAGUACAAGGAACGAAAAAGGACAAUUAGAUUCCGAAGAUGCACAGAAAGUAUACACGGAGAGUAUUCCUCGUCCAUUACCAGGGCCAUCCAUCUUAAAGGCAUUUUUCCAGCCAGUGAUUAAGAAGCCGAUCUUCAUUGAUUCAAAUAUGCAGAGCCAUCCUCUUGAUGGAAGUGUGCUUCAACUACAAUCAUUGGGUAGAAAGCGCGUGAAAAGAUUGACAGGUGCUGAUGUUCAAAAAAGAUUACUAAAAUACAAAAAGGAUGAGCAACUUAAGGAAUUGACGUUAUCGACAAAAAAGUUGACUUCGAUCCAGGUGGGCUCUGGGAGAGUAAAAGAGACCGUGAAAGAGAUCGAGCAACAGUUGCCUCGUUCACCAACAUCACCUACAGAAAAUUCUGAUCAAGAUACUUCGAAAAAUGAAGCUGAUACAUCUAAUGUUAAAAGUAAUCCUGUGAAAAAUGUGACUGGACCUGCAGUACCGGACGGGAGUAAUCUGCCUGAUAUCCAAUUUCCUGUGUUUAAUAUGAACAAUGAUGAUACCAUGGUAAGCGAGGAAAGUAGUAUGGAUGACUCCGUUGACUAG